AUGCGUCAUAAUUCAAAUGAUUCAAAUAGCUCUAAUGAUUUAAUCAUUCCAGAAUAUCUUCUGAAAAAAUUUCCAUUUAUUCAAACACUUAUAGUCUAUUCAAAUCUUAUUAUGAAGAGCAAAUAUGAUUUUACAUUCUUAAAUAUUAUAUUGAAUAAUAUGUUUAGAAAUCUAAGUACUGAAGAAAGAGGUUUUCGUUAUGAAGAUGCUGUACGUCAAUUUGCGACCAGCUUAUACAUACUUGGAGGUCGUACCGCAUAUGAGUUCAUCCGUGUAAACAUUCCUGCAUUCCUUCCAACUGUACGAAUUAUUCAAUCAUUUAUUGCAGCUUCAGAUAACCAUCUGACAGAAGGACUAUUUAAUUAUGAAAAAGCUAGCGAUUAUUUUAAUUCUAUUCAAUCAACUAUAGGUUUUAUAGCUGAAGACACUACUGCAGUCGUUUCUAAAGUUACGUAUGAUACAACAUCCAACAAGUUUAUUGGCUUUGCUCUCCCUCUCGAUAAUAAUGGAUUUCCCAUCGCCAACUCGUAUUCAACGGAAUCAUUUAGUUGUCUUGAAGAAUGGUAUUCUAGUGUACCGAGAGCAAAGUCACUCAAUGCUUAUCUGAUUCAACCGCUUUCUUCGUCAGCUAACAAUACUUCGCCGUAUCUUCUCUCAGCUUAUGGUACAGAUAAUAAAUAUGAAUCUUCCGAUGUUAUUUCACGUUGGCAUCAUAUUCACCAAAAAUUUAAAGCAAAAGGUAUCCGUAUUCUUGGUUUUUCAACAGAUUGCGACAGUCGUUAUCUUCAUGCUAUGCGAGCAUCUUUGGGUUUUUUUUCUACCUUUGCUUAUGACGACCAUCCAGAUCUGUUUUCUAUCGAUCUUCCCAGGACCUGGUCCUGGUUCUUCAUGCAACAUGAGCAACUUUACAUAUGUUUCCAAGAUCCUGUACACAUCUGCACGAAGCUACGCAAUAGAAUUCUGUCUGAAACAACACAUCUGCUUUUAGGAGAUCAACUAAUUACUAUUGAACCACUUCUAGAUAUGAUUAACAAUUAUUCAAAAUUUGAUCAUGCAUUAGUACGUUCUGAUAUAAAUCCAAAGGAUCGACAAAACUAUAGUUCAGCAGCAAAAAUCUCUAGUAACAACGUAUUGAAUUUACUUCAAAGAAUUCCAAAUUCAUUGGGCAUAAAUAUUUAUUUACAGGUCUGUAAAAAAAACAUGUCUAAAAAGCACGAAAUGACUUCAUUAUCAACUUUUUUUAAAAGAUAA